AUGGGCGGAUUCUGGUACAAAUUGGACGCUGUGUAUAGGAAUAAGCGGAGAUGGACCUGCGCGCGCGGCUGCGGGGCGAGGAUACACACUAUUGGAAAGAAAAUUGUAUUUUCCGAACUCAAGCAUCGGUGCCGGGACAGUCGUGAACUUGUCUACACUAGUGGUUAUCCAAGGCUGAAAUUGCACGGUUACGUAUAUCGUCCCCAUAAUGCCUACCGUAGGCAACCGAAGGUUUUGUGGUACUGCGCAGGUCGGCACAAGUUUCAGUGUUCAGCGACGGCGAAGACAUAUUUCAGCAAGCUGAUGUACGCUCAUGGCCGUCAUAAUCAUGAGUGCUAA